CCAGCGGCCCCGGCGAGGGCCUAUCAGGGGCGGGCGGGCGCGCCGGGCGCCGGGGCCGGUUUGACGGAAGGAGCGGCGGCGGAGGAGGAUGGAGGCGGUGGUGUUCGUCUUCUCUCUCCUCGACUGUUGCGCGCUCAUCUUCCUCUCGGUGUACUUCAUAAUUACAUUGUCCGAUUUAGAAUGUGAUUACAUUAAUGCUAGAUCAUGUUGCUCCAAAUUAAACAAGUGGGUCAUUCCCGAGCUGACCGGCCACACCGUCGUCACCGUGUUAAUGCUCGUCUCAUUGCACUGGUUCAUCUUCCUUCUCAACCUGCCCGUGGCCACUUGGAAUAUAUAUCGGUUCAUUAUGGUGCCGAGUGGUAACAUGGGAGUGUUCGACCCGACAGAGAUCCACAAUCGGGGUCAGCUGAAGUCGCACAUGAAGGAAGCCAUGAUCAAGCUUGGUUUCCACUUGCUCUGUUUCUUCAUGUAUCUUUACAGUAUGAUCUUGGCUCUGAUAAACGACUGAGGCUGCGGGCGCUGCGUCCGGAGCCGGCCCACACCACCGUGCGUCGUCGGGGAGCCAGAGACCACGUGGAUCAUCCUGAGAACCGUGACCAUAGCAGUAUAUUUUUUCCUCUUUGAACAAAAUAAAAUAUUUUUGCUGUAUUUUUACCAUAUAAAGUAUUUAAAAAACA